AUGGAAGGCUUUUGGGGAUGCAGGAAGCGGAAACGCAGUCCCUCUGCUGCGGGUCAGGGGUGGCCUGAGCCCGAGACAACCGACAAGCCCAGUGUCGUUCGCCUCAAUGUGGGAGGCCGUGAGUACAUCACCUCUACGAGCACGUUGCAGAAAGUCGGAGAUAGCAUGCUGGCCAGGAUGAUUCAAAGCAGCAUACCCUCUGCCACACAGAAUGGCGCUUACUUCAUCGACCGUGAUCCUGACCUUUUUGCUUAUAUUCUGGAGUACCUGCGUGAUGGCGCUGUGGAGCUACCGAGCUCUUCAGAGCCACUGCGCCGCCUUGAGAGGGAGGCAAGUUUCUUCAUGCUUCCGGGCUUGGAGAGUCUCGUCCGCUCCAGGCUGCUAGAGGUUUGCCUGGAAGUGAAGAUUUUUGCAAAGCCCUUCGGGUGCUCAGACGAAGAGUGCAAAUGCGGAAGCAACAGCCUGGCUCACUUGAACGAGUUCAGCGAUGCGGAGAUAAAUGCAAUGGAUGCCGAGAUCGACGGUUAUCUUGACCAUCCAGCCAGGGAGGUCAGGCCGUCUUUUCAGUCGCCUUUUGCUACCAUACAUGUGGUCAUCAAGACACAGCUACCUCGCAAUGCAUGGGAUGCUCAGGUAACGGUCUCGGGUUGCCCUUCACCAAUGACCAUGAGCGACCUUUUUUCACCAGCCGUCCUUGACCUUUUAAAGAGGUGUCAGCAAUGCUGGGGAACAUACGUGGCAGAUGGUUCCCUCAAUGAUCACCCCAAGUACACCAAUCCCAAUGGUGCCGUGAUGUAUUGGAGUAGCGGCAAAUGGAAGCUGAAUUCAGAAGCCUCCACUGAAGAACACGUCUACAGUGUGGAUGCAGUUGACGACACGCCACCACGCGGUGUGUGGUGUGGCGAAGCUGGAUUCAAGUGUAUGGUGGAUGGAGUGGACUUCCCUCGACCUCAAGAAGCAAGCAUGGCGAAGGCCAUGCAGGCAAUCAGGAGAGCGUUAGUCGAAUGCGAGGGGCUUGGCCUGGUGCAUAUCGAAGAUGUCCUGAAACCAGUCCCGGACAUACUUCGCAAGUUCGUGGAGGAGCCAGAGCUGUCCUACCAUGAGCUGCAUUUGAAGACCGGUGGAUACAAUGUCGGUGACCAUUACGUGAAAAAAGAGCAGCGGCACCAUUUCAAGACUUGUGUGAAGUUCGAAAUUGCGACCCGGAGUCAUUCUGAGUGCAAGCGUCGACGGGACUGGGAGCCUGCGGUCGACGCCUUGAAUGAGGCCGAGGAGGCCUUUGGGCUCGGUGGGGCACAGAGUUUCGCGGAGAACUUCACCGAGGGUGGCGCUCCUUGGCACCGGUCCGAGGGCUGGGCAGCGGCCCGGGACUUGCGAUCUGUUUUGACACGGAUGCCGGAGCUGCGGAAGCUCGUGCGUCGCAUCGGCCGCCGAGCGGCGGUUCGCGGGCCGAGGCGCUGGCUCCCUGCUGAGGCGGAGGAGCUCGGCUGCCCUCAGGGCGUGGCCCGCUCGGUGCGGGCGCCCUCGGAGGCUUCAGGCAUCGCGCGCAGCGGUGCCAUCGAGUUGAUGCUGCCUGCAGAGGCCCACCUGCUAGUGCAGGGUCGCAAGAGGUCCACUCUUAGGGCCCUCCACCAUGCCCGGCGACUGGAGCAGUCCCUGCUCAGUUACCACCGGGCAUCGUGGAUGGAAGUCCCGACACGGGAGCUGCGAGCCGAAGAGGUCCGCCCCGCGGGUGAGAACGGACCGCUGAUCCUCUGCUUGGACACCAGUGGGAGCAUGGCACGUAAAGGCGGUGCGCCCGAGACGGUGGCAAAGGCCCUCGUGUUUGAGUGCUUGCGCCAAGCCCAAGAGCAGCAGCGGCGCUGCUGCCUCUUUGCCUUCUCCACCGGUGCGGAGCUCCAACAGCUGGAUCUGGACCUCAGCGCCCUGGGACUCGAUCGCCUCCUGGAGUUUCUCAGCUUCGCCUUCCAUGGUGGCACCUCCCUCAACGAGGUCCUCCUUGCCAGUGUCGAGCGCUUGGGAAGCUCUCAGCAGUGGCAGAAUGCGGACCUACUGCUUGUGACGGAUGGAGAAGUCCCGAAGCCCAGCGAUGGUGUGCUUGAAUCCCUGGGUGAAGCGCGUGCGGAGUACGGGGCUCGGGUCUACGGCGUGGUGGUCGGCAGCAAGACCGGAGCGGUGAUGCAGAGCCUGUGUUCGGAGCUCUACCACUUCACGCGCCGCGUGGAUGCUGGAAAGGCUCCCGAGCACCGCGCGCCCUUGGAGCCGAAGGACUGGGCGCUGCGCCGCGUCCGCGCGGAGACGGCGGUUGCCGCAACUUGGGCGCCUCGCGCGGCAGCAAGUGGCCGCAGCACCUUUGCAGGCGCCAGUGCCGCUGGCGCCCCGCGCGGGCGCGUGGCGCGGCCUGCGCUGAGAGAAGCAAGCCUGCAGGGCCAAGAGCGACGGGAGACGGUGUCCGAGCGCAGCGAGCGCGAGGCGCGCUGGGCAGAGCGCGAGAAGCUGAAGCAACGGGAGCAUGAGCAGGAGCUCCAAGCCAAGAUGGGAAAGCGCUGGCGAUGGGUGAAUGGCCGAUGGCAGACCAAGGAGGAGUCCGAGGCCCAGGAUGCCAAGAUCGAGCUGGUCUACCAAGAGUCUCGAUUGCAAGAGGCCAAUCUCCAGCUCGAGCUCAAGAAGCACUUCCAAAGCAGGUUUACCGCGCCCGAGGCUGCGCGCUUCCCUGAGGACUCCGUGGCGGCACGCUGGGCCGAGGACAACUUGACACGCUUCGAAGAUGAGCUGCUGUCGCUGCUGAUGCUGGCUUCGCGAGAGGCAUCUCGACUGGGCAACGUGGAGUUCCAUCCAGAGGCAGCUCUUCUUGGGCUCUUCCGCUGCUCUGCGGGCAAGGAGAUCUGCCAAGACGGACUGGAGAAGUCCUUCAGCGAGGUGACCAACAGGUCUCGGGAUAUCCUCGAGGCUUGCAUUCGCAAGAAGGCCCACGAUGAUGCCGACUUCGACUAUGACCAGGACCUGCCUUUUGCUCCGGAGCUGCGGCAGCUACUUGAGUCGGUUGAGGCCGAGAGAGCACGGCUCCAGCACCAAGAAGCCAAGGUCGGUCACCUGGUGCUGGCGCUGACGGCCCCGCGUUUCCGGAAGACCUGGAAGCCGCUGGUUGCUUUAGGCCUGGAGCCGGAGCAGCUGCGGCCCGCCGCACUCCGCAGCCUCGGCGGCUUCUUCGCCGCCGCCGAGAGCCUUGCCGAGGCCGAGCUUCUUGAGCGUUGCGCAGCGGUGUUCCCCAGCCGCUGUGGAACUCCGCUGGCCGGGUUGGGUGGAGCUUUCAAGGCCAUCACGCAGGGCCUUGUCGAACGCUCCGUGGAGGCCAAGCUGCUCCUCCUUGCCGCCCUUUCAGGCGAGCACCUCUUCCUCCUCGGCUCCCCGGGCACGGCGAAAAGCCUCCUGGCCCGACGGCUCUCUCAGGUGUGCGAAGGUAGCUUCUUCGAGCGCCUGCUGACGAGAUUCUCGGUGCCCGAGGAGCUCUUCGGCCCGCUGUCGCUGCAGGCCCUGGAAGAGGAUGAGCUGCGGAGGAAGACCCGGGGCUACCUGCCCGAAGCAGAUGUGGCUUUCAUCGACGAGAUCUUCAAGGCCAACUCCUCUAUCCUCAACGCGCUGUUGAUGAUACUGAACGAACGCUGCUUCGACAAUGGCGACCAGCGCGUUCCCGUGCCGCUGUGGUGCGCCGCAGCGGCGUCGAAUGAGCUCCCAGACACCGACGAGCUGGAUGCGCUCUACGACCGCUUCCUCCUGCGCCGGUGCGUGAACCGCAUCUCAAAGAGGUCAGUGCAGAACUUUCUGCGGUUGACGCUGGACAAGGAGGAGGAUGAGGACACCUUCAACGCCGACCAGCCGCACGUGAAGCCCUUGCUGUCGAUGGAGGACUCGAUCGCCUUGCAGAAGAGGGCCCGGAAGGUGGAGUUCCCAGACUCCCUGUUGGAGGUGGUGGCCGAGCUGCGUGAGUUCUUGGCAGAGGAGGCCGAGCCGCGCUUCGAAGUCUCCGACCGCCGGUUGGCGAAGGCAGUGCGCCUUCUCCGCAUCGCUGCGGCUGCUGCAGGCGGUUCCAGGGUCAUCGAGUCCGACCUCCUCCUCUUGCGGCACGUCUUCUGGGAUCGGGAUCCCGCCCAAGGCCAGCUCGUGGUGGAGUGGCUGCUUCGCCGCUUCGCCGACAGCGGCUCUGGGCAAAAGGUUCCGGAGCACCUGCCCAUGACCAACCAUGAAGGCCGAGGAGCCUUUGGCUUCAUGGCAGACAUGUGGGCCCAUCAGUUACUGGCUGAUCAUGUGGCAACUCCCGAGCUGGAGCCUGGACAUGACUUCGCCUACGUGACGAGGAAAGCCUUCGUGCCCAAAGCGUUGUUUCUGGAUGGCAUGAGCUGUGAGACCGGCGAUCCCAUCACAAUCACGCAUGACCCGCGCGCUUCGUCCUCGACAGGCAGCGGCGCCCUGGCCUACGGCCGGAAUGAGCGCACUGGCCAGCGCGGCUGGUUCCCCCUCUCCGCCACCUACCCGAUGCCCAGCUCCUUUCUGGAGCGCGAGGGUACUUGGGAGGCCGCCAACUGUCAGGACACCUACUUCUCGGACUGGGGCUCUUCCGGCAUGAAGGUCCACUCUGUGCACACGGGCGGAGGCGGCGAGUUCCUGCCCCAGGUGCAGAGCGUGAAGCUUGGCCUCACGGCCAAGUCGGACCCCGAACUCAUCGGGCCGAAGCUCAACGAGCUUGCUUUAGAGCUGCAGAAAGCCGGAAGUCGCUAUGUACUCAGGAACGGCUGGGAGAUCCUUUCCACCGCAGGGCAUCGCCUGGAAGUCGAGAAUGCCGAGCGCCUCUUUAACGAAGUGCGCCGCCUUGGCGACGUGCCGGUGAGCCGCGGCGGUUUGCAGGGGCUGCUCUACAAGUGCAGCGAGAGGCUCAACGAGACCGAGGGCUGCCGGACCCUCCCAGGCUACCUGGAAGCCGUGUACGAAAUGGGGGCGUACCUCAUGUCCCUCUCAGAGGAGGCUCGGAAGUACCGGAAGAUAAAGAGUCGGCCCAUGGGCUUCGUCAGCGCUGGGGGCGCUUCCUUGCAGAUCGGCAUCACCAGCCCCAAUGCCAGCCACGCGGCGGCGCUUCGCCGGUGCAUUGCUCGGCUGCAGGAUGAGGUUGAGGUCGAGAACGAAGAUGGGGAGCUCUUUGAUGAGCAGCCGGGCAGCGUCACCUCCUUGGGGGACAUUGCGGAGACCCCGCCCGGAAGCCGCCGCAAAGGUCCCUCCUUGGCCAAAGUGUCCCACUUUCCCGACGGCCAGCUGGUGGCGCUGUUCUCCUUCCUCGCCGUGGGGACCAACCCUGGGCCUUGCAUUGAGGGCGGCUGCGCCCACGAGGUUGGUGGCGUCAACGAGAUGCGGCUGCAGUUUGAGAAUCACCUGAUUCAGCAAGGCUACGCUUCGAACCCAUGCGUCGAGAGCGCGGCCGACUUCCCUCUGGGCAAGGGCACGGCGACGUACACCCAGAGGCUGCAGGGCGGCGCCAGCGGCAGCGAGGAAGACCGCGUGACGUGCCAGACGGCCGUGACCCAGUUCUUGGACAGCGACCUCACCCUGAGGAAGUGGAAGGCAGAGUCCGGCUGCUCUCAGCUGGCAGCCGCAGUACCCAGCUGGGGGUUGCUGACCUCGUUUGGCCGAAUUCGAGCCGAGGGCCCGAGCAGCUGGUGCUCAUCGGGCGGGCCGUUUCGUGGCGGCCAGGUGAACUGCGGUGCCGUGCUCACGCAGACGUUGAUGGACAGCAUCCUCGACCAGCUCGGGGUCAGCGACGCCAAGUUCCAGAUUCGAGGGGACGUCGGCUGGGAAGCCGCGCUGUACGCGCUGCGUGGUCUGGAGUCCGGUGUGUGCUUCAAGACGUAG